AUGAUUUACUUUCGACCUAUCUCUUCUCCGAGGACUUCAACGACUGCGACCACAACGAGGACUGUAGCAAUGUAUUCCCCUCGACCAAAUCAAGGCCAAGCCGGCCAAAACUUUCAACCGGAAGGAAGUAGUUCCUUGACUUCUGGCGGUCUAAUGCUUUCCCCACCGCCACAAGGAAUUCCGGGAAUAGACGGAGCUGAGCGAGGAUGGAUGUCUCCUGGAUCACCCUGGCAACAAAUGGCCUGGAAUGACCCGAGCAACAUAUGGCCUGGACUGAGGCCUGAGAUGUGGCUGAUGGGGCCUAUGGGACCAGGUAGUCCACAAUACCCACCACUGAUACAAGGACCCGGAAUGCAAUUUUAUUCGGCACAACCCGGGCAGCAAGGGCCAAACCAAGGAAUGGCUCCUGUUCCAUAUCAACAAAUGCAACGUGUGUCUGAUAUUUACCCCGAUCAGAUGAAACCUCUGGGACCAGGUCAAGGACAACCCGGUAUGAUAUCUGUUAAUCAAAUCAUGCAUCAUCAUCAAAUGCAGCAGCAAAUCAUGAGCGCUCAACAGGGGAUGAGUCAACCGCCAAUGAUCGCAAACGGACCUCAGCCCGGUCCUCCUCAACAAAAUGCAACUGGUGACCCGAGUGGACCAACUCCACCACCAGGAGAUGAUCAAGUGUUCAGCGCUGAUGUUUUGAGGCAACACAUGAGACCGAUUUGGGAAAAGCUUGAUCGAUGCGAUGAUGCUAUACCAUUUCGAGUACCUGUUGAGGCAAUUCUUCUUGGAAUUCCUGACUAUCUGGACAUUGUUAAACACCCAAUGGACUUGUCGACAAUUUGCCAUAAAUUGAAUCGCGGCAAGUACAGAAACGUGUGGGAGUUCUGCGAUGACAUGUGGCUGAUGUUCGACAAUGCUUGGUUGUACAACGAAAAGAAUAGCGAGGUCUACAACUAUGCGACAAGGCUGAGUGAACUAUUUGUGAGCGAGAUGAGCCCGGUGAUGAAGAGAAUGGGAUACUGUUGUGCUGAUCGAUUGACCAUCACAGCGUUGCCACUAUUCUGUUAUGGUGCCACUCAAUGUAUCAUUGCUCGAGAUCAGCCAUACAUGUGCUAUGAGAGAAACACGAGUCAGUAUGGAGUAACGGUUUCCGAUCGGUACACCUAUUGUUUGAAAUGUUUUGAAACAAUGAUCCCGGCUGAAGGAAUGCCACUUUCCGAUGAUCCAAAUGAUCCAAAUCGAGUGCCAAAAACCGACUUCAAGCAGCUGAAAAACAAUCAGAUCGACUACGAGCCAUUUGAGACGUGUAAAUACUGUAAACGAAAAUGGCAUCGAAUUUGUGCUCUUCACGAUAAGAAAGUCUUCCCCGAGGGUUUCAUCUGUAUGACUUGUCGAGAAGAGAAAUCUCUUCCCAAGUCUGAGAACACGUUCACCGCCAAGUUGCUUGGCGGUGAACCUGUUUGGAGCUUGGGACUUGGCGGUGAACUUGGCUUGGCAAACUGGCAACUCACGCCAAAACCCGAUCUGAGGGAUUGGGAGUUUAUGUUAAGGCAGCAGCAAAUCAUGCGACUGCUGUCUGGACAAUAUGACCAACACCAAUAUAUGGCUCGAGAACAGUUUAUGGCAGGACCAGGAGGACCGCACCCGUACAACGGAAUGCCUCCAAUGGGUCGAGGGCAACCUCAGCCACCACAUGGCACACAAUACGCCCAGCACCAGCCCGGACCACAAAUGCAAAUGCCAGCGCAACAGUACCCGGGGCCACCAAUGGCUGGGCCGAGCGCUCAACAGGGGAUGAGUCAACCGCCAAUGAUCGCAAACGGACCUCAGCCCGGUCCUCCUCAACAAAAUGCAACUGGUGGCCCGAGUGGACCAACUCAGACACCAAGUGUCAAUGGGCCUCCACAGAAUAAUGGUCCCUCACUCGGCGCCACUCUUCCAAAUGGCCCUGCCGCCACGUCUGGCGGACCGGGCAGCAACGCCGGCGCUGCCACCAGUGGACCAAUGCAAGACCCCGAGAAACGAGGACCGAGGAAAGUGAAGGCGAUUUUCCCAAGUCUUGAUCCAGAGACAAUGCAAGAUCAAAGAUUUCCUAAUCUGAUCAGUUAUGCUAGAGAAGCCGAGAAAGAGAUGUUCGAAAUGGCCGAUGAUAGGAAAGAGUAUUAUCAUCCGUUAGCCGUGAAGAUCUACAAGAUUCAAAAAAAAUUGCAAGAAAAGAAAGCAAAGAGGCUAAACGAUCAACAACUCGGAACGCUUCCCAUCACCGUUCAACAGGCAAAAGCUAUUGAAAUCAUUGACGAGGAAAAGUUCUCGAAAUGUGCUUGGAUGAUCUCUGCACUCUUCGCUCUUUUCACGAUCGCCUUUCUCCUCUACACCGGCGCUUUUCUUGUCUACCAUGUUUUGCAAGAUCAAAAAGGCUUGAUUGAGGUUGAUUGGGUUGAUUCAGCUCUGGUGAAAGUCGAUGUUCCCGAUGUUGUCAAUCAGAAAAUCCACAUCUCUCUAAAUGUUUUUGAGAACAAUGUUGGUAUGAUUGACGGAGCUGAAGGAGAGGAAAUGAAAUGGAAAAUGAAUCGCGAUGAUGAAGGAAACGGAGAUAGAGAUGAGGAGAGCAUUUACAAGGAGGAGUACUUGCGUGAACGCAUCAGUGCCCCCGCCAACCAAUUUGUCACGGAUAUUGAAGACGAUUUCGAAGACGUGAUGGCCCUCGUCGACGAGUUGACCGAAAAAGAGCCUUUCGUGGAUCUCUACGCCAAGCGGCACGUCGUCUUCUUGGAUCUAAAUGAU